CCUGUCGCUACAACUCGUUCUCGCCCCAUUUCUUUCCCACCAAACAACUUACAACAACACAUCUUCUUCACUUAAGCCCAAUUCUUAACCGUAUCCUAAAACAGCAUCGCCCAAGAUGUCACAAUCCGUACUCGAGCAACUCCUGGAGAUGGGGUUUGACAAAUCACGUGCCGAACUGGCAGUGAAGAAAUCCGACGGGUUGCCGGAUGCCAUGGACUGGCUGGAGAAGACCCAAGAUACUCCAUUGGAUGAGCUUCUCGAGGAAGAAGAGUCUGGCACCAAUAUUGCAAAGAUAGACGAAGGCGUAGUCGCACUGUCACUCGUCUGCAACGAAUGUGGCAAGAAGUUCCGUAGUCAAGGAGAGGCUGAGUUCCAUGCCAACAAAUCGGGCCAUACCGAUUUUGCUGAGUCUACUGAGCAGAUUGCUCCCCUUACCGAAGAGGAGAAGAAGCAGAGACUUGAAGAGCUCCGAGAGCGUGUUAAGGCUAAGAAAGCCAGCAAAGCUGAGGAAGACAAGGAAGAGCAGAAACGCAAUGAUAAAAUCCGCCAAAAGGCUACCAGAGAAUCACAUGAGCUUAAGGAGGAGCUCCAGCGCAAGGAGCAGAUCAAGGAGGCGGCCAAAAAGCGACAGGAGAAGCUCGACGACCUUGAGGCCAAGAAACGCAUCAAGGCUAAGAUCGAGGCUGACAAGGAAGAACGUCGCCGCAAGGCAGAGCAGGCAAAACUCGCAAGAGGGGAGUCGAUCCCAGUUGCAGCUCCAGCCCCUGCCCCAGCACCCGCUUCAGCACCUGCUCGUCCUGCCGUUACUCACAAUGAAGCUCGACUAAGAUUGCAAACUUCUAACGGCAACGUCAUGAAAACAUUCCCGGCAGAUACAACCCUUUUCGAAGUCAAGCAAAUGCUAGAGUCGGAGAAUGGACUUACCGUUACCAAGUUCGUCCAGAACUUCCCCAGGAAGGUCUUCGAAGGGAACCUCGAUCUUGGCAAGACUUUGAAGGAGGCUGGUUUAGUUCCUAGUGCUGCUUUGAUCGUACAAUAAGCUACGAGGAGAGAGAAGGGGCUGCAUGAUACUCAUGAAUAAACGAAUGACUUGGCGUUCGGGCCUUGCUUCGAAGGAUAAAAUACGGAUACAUCAUGGAAAGAAUGAUGAGCUGAUGCAGACAGACAUAAGCAAUCCACGAAGAUUGCCUGUAUG